UUUUCACACACACUGGCAGGCGGACUUCUCUAAGCUAACUACAAACCAACUCCCUCGUCUUCUCCGCCCUCCCCAGUCCCCACUCUCAACUCCCAAUUCCUCUGCAUAAUAUACACUCAUUUCCACAUAAUAGUUCUCAAUACAAAAACCAAGAUCCUACAUAGCAAUUGCUCCAUUAUCGAAAACAAUGGCGUCCCUUUUACAAUCAAGAACUCCAGGCCUCUCCUUCUCAUCAUCCCUCAGUUCCACUCCUGUCAGACGCCCUUCUGCAUUUUUCUUGAAACCCCGUUCUGGAUCACGAAUCCCAGUCGUGCGGGCGAAGAUUCGCGAGAUCUUUAUGCCCGCGUUGAGUUCGACCAUGACGGAGGGAAAAAUCGUCAGCUGGAUUAAAUCGGAAGGUGAUGUGUUGUCGAAGGGUGAAUCUGUUGUUGUUGUGGAAUCUGAUAAAGCUGAUAUGGAUGUGGAGACGUUCUAUGAUGGAAUAUUGGCGGCCAUUGUUAUUAAUGAAGGAGAGACGGCUCCUGUUGGUGCGGCGAUUGGAAUUUUAGCAGAAACAGAGGAUGAAAUAGCUGAAGCUAAGGCUAAAGCUACAUCUCAAUCCUCCUUGGCCCCUGCUCCAUCAACGCCUAAGGUUGAGGAACCCUCGCCUGCCCCUAAACUAGAUGCUCCAUCUCCGGCAGUUGCUGCUGCUCCGGCUCCCACCGCGGCUCCUUCUACACCGGGAAAGGUGGUGGCGACUCCAUUUGCCAAGAAAUUGGCUAAACAGCACAAGGUAGAUAUUGAUAAGUUGGUUGGCACAGGGCCGUUUGGGAGAAUUACACCUGAGGAUGUGGAGAAGGCAGCUGGAAUUACGCCUGCCUCCAAGAGCAAUGUGGCUGCCCCUGCAGCUCCAGCGGCGUCUGUUGCUCCUGCUGCAGUUCCGCCAAAAGCUCCAUCGAGCUUUCCAGAGAUUCCUGGGUCGACCGUGGUGCCAUUUACUACUAUGCAAACUGCAGUGUCCAAGAAUAUGGUGGAGAGUUUGUCAGUGCCGACUUUCAGGGUUGGGUAUCCAAUCGCCACUGAUGCCCUCGAUGCUCUCUAUGAGAAGGUGAAGCCCAAGGGCGUGACAAUGACUGCAUUGUUAGCAAAAUCUGCAGCAAUGGCACUGGCUCAGCAUCCAGUGGUUAAUGCAACCUGUAAAGAUGGGAAGAGUUUUACAUAUAAUAGCAGUAUAAAUAUUGCAGUGGCUGUGGCAAUUAAUGGAGGGUUGAUCACCCCAGUUCUUCAGGAUGCUGAUAAGUUGGAUCUUUAUCUGUUGUCUCAAAAAUGGAAGGAGCUGGUGGAGAAGGCCCGGGCCAAACAACUUCAACCUAAUGAGUACAAUUCAGGAACUUUCACAUUGUCCAAUUUGGGCAUGUUUGGAGUGGACAGAUUUGAUGCUAUCCUCCCUCCAGGCCAGGGAGCCAUUAUGGCUGUUGGAGCAUCAAAGCCUACUGUUUUAGCCGAUAAAGAUGGGUUCUUUAGCGUCAAAAAUAAGAUGCUGGUGAAUGUUACGGCUGAUCAUCGAAUUAUUUAUGGUGCUGAUUUGGCUGCAUUUCUUCAAACCUUCUCAAAGAUUAUCGAGAACCCCGAGAGCUUGACAAUGUAGAUGAAGAUUUAGGCUCCUAAAAGGUGUUCCCUGGUUUCCCAUUAGACAAAAGUCGGCUAAGUUUCUAGCAGCGUGAUGAACUUCUGUCAAUGUUUAGAUUCCAUUCUUUCUUUUUCUUUCAGUGGAAGAGACAACUCAAUAUAUAAUUGACAAAUUUUUGAAACUGUGCAUUCAAACUUGUUGAGAUGUAGUUCACCCAGUCACUUGAAUAAUUUCUUCGUUUUUUCCUUUCGAUGUUCAAAACAUUGAGCGUGAUCAAUGAAGUUGGUGCUAGUUAUAUCA